AUGCCACGAGAAGUCGAGCCCUCGCUGAACGAGCGUCAAUUCAUCCGCGAUGCCCUGUUCGAAAGCAUCCGUCUCGAUGGCCGUCAACUCGACCAAUUCAGAAAUCUAGACCUUCAAUUCGGCGACGACUAUGGCGUGGCCGAUGUCCGCUUGGGCAAGACGAGAGUCGUAGCAAGGAUAUCCGCAGAAGUCACCACACCCUUCCCCGAUCGCAAAUUCGACGGCGUCUUUUCCAUCUCGACCGAACUCUCACCCAUGGCCUCUCCCGCCUUCGAAGUCGGCCGCCCCAAUCAUGCAGAAACCGUCCUCUCACGUCUACUGGAAAAGUCUAUCCGUCGCUCUGGAGCCCUGGACACUGAGUCUCUGUGCAUCAUCGCCGGCGCAAAGUGCUUUGCCGUGCGUGCAGACAUACACGUUCUGGACCACGACGGCGGUUUGAUCGAUGCUUGCUGCAUUGCCUUGGUCGCCGCCCUCCAACACUUCCGCCGCCCAGAGGUCGAGGUGCAUGGAGAAGAUGUCACGGUGUUUGAUGCCCGUGAGCGCGAACCCGUGAAACUGGCCAUGCAACACCAUCCCUUCUGUGUGUCUUUCUCCUUCUACCACAACGGCGAGACUGUGCUGCUGGAUGCCAAUCUAGCUGAAGAAGCCGUUCGCGAUGGCGAGAUGAUUGUUAGCAUGAAUCGUCACGGAGAGGUGUGCCAGAUUGCAAAGUAUGGAGGUGUGCCUGUGGAUCCCUUGACUACGCUCAACUGCUCAAACGUUGCGCUGGAAAAGGUCAAGAUUCUGCAUCAGUUCGUGCAGAGCAAGUUGGAGCAGGAUGAGAAGAAGAGGGACAAGGGUGGUUUGAUGGCUGAGUUGAAUGCUGCAAAUUCAAGAGAGCUUGCCAACAUUCCUGGUUGA